UUGCAGUCUUGUUUUUCUGAUUUUUUUUUUAUCAUUCGUUUGGCUUUUAAUGCAUUGAAUUCGUUCUUCUUAAACGUUUAAGAUUUGAACUCCCUUGCUCGUCUGCUUGACUUUGGUCUUUCGGUUCCGUUUGGUAAGCUAGAAAAUGAAAAGGAAAGGGAAGGGAGAAAAACGAUAAAAUAUGAAUUAUUGUACUAUCGUUUUGAAGUAUGAAUCGAAAAUUUGUGUUAUUCAGAUUAAGCUCGCAUCGCUAAAUGGAUACAUCGAAAUUUAUUUUAAUUAAAGAAUUAGGUUUCUAGGAAUAUUCCAUUUUUGAGUAGAUUUUAAGUGACAAUUUUAGUUUCUCCGGAAACUUUGAAAAAGGGGAAGAGAAAGGAAGGGAACUAAGCUGAGUCAACUAGGUUUUGCUUUAUAUGUUUGAGAUGUCCUUGACUUUAGGGUAGCAUUUUGUUUUAUCCUUGGUUGACAGUUCUCAUGAAAUGGGUGGUAAUGAUGCGCCGUCUGAUCAAGUUGUUCAAAAGCUUAUUGAAAUGGGAUUUGAGAAUUCUGAUGCCAUAGAAGCUGUGAAAGCGGUGGGACCAUCAGUUGAUGAUGCGGUUGAGUAUGUUUUGAAUGGUUGUCGUAGGAAUAGUCACAGUACAUCAACUAGUUCUCAAUGUUCUUCAAGGAAUGGGAAGGGUAAAAGGAGCAUGUCAUCCUUACAAUCUAAGGGUCUAAUGCGACAGUCUAGUAUAUGGGAUCAUUUUCAAUCCACAAGUAAACCAAAGCGAAGCAAAGGUUAUGAUGCACCUGAUGGAAUUGUGUCCAGAUCCCAGGUGUCGCAUAGUCCUGUGCAAGAACAAAAAGGAUCGUUUUCUUUUGUAAAUAAUCAGCUUGAAACUGUGCCAGAACCAUUUCCAGUUUGCUGCUCUGAGGAGCCAGAUAUUGGAUCAAAUUGGGAGCCAAAGGUUAACAGUUUAUUACAAAAGCAUUUUGGUUAUUCAUCCUUGAAGAGUUUCCAGAAGGAAGCCUUGGCUGCUUGGCUCACUCACCAAGACUGUCUUGUUCUUGCCGCAACAGGAUCUGGAAAAUCUCUUUGUUUCCAGAUUCCCACAUUAUUAACAGGAAAGGUUGUGGUUGUUGUUUCUCCUUUGAUAAGCUUGAUGCACGAUCAGUGCUUAAGAUUAUCAAAACAUGGAGUCUCUGCUUGUUUUCUUGGGUCUGGGCAACCAGACAGCAGUGUGGAACAGAAAGCCAUGAGAGGAAUGUAUAAUAUUAUAUAUGUUUGUCCAGAGACAAUUUUGAGACUAAUUAAACCUCUCCAGAGGCUAGCAGAAAGUCGUGGAAUUACAUUAUUUGCUAUUGAUGAAGUCCAUUGUGUAUCUAAGUGGGGCCAUGAUUUUCGUCCUGACUACGGGCGAUUGUCUAUAUUACGAGAGAGUUUCAGUGCCACAAAUUUAAAAUUCUUGAAAUUUGACAUCCCAAUUAUGGCAUUGACUGCUACUGCCACAGUUCAGGUUCGACAAGACAUCCUUGAUUCCUUGCGCAUGUCAAAGGAGACAAAGAUUGUGCUCACGUCGUUUUUCCGUCCAAAUUUACGAUUCUCAGUAAAACAUAGUAGAACAUCAGAGUCUUCAUAUGAGAUGGAUUUUUGCCAACUCAUAGAUCUUUAUGCCCGAAGGAAAAUGAUUGGUGAAAAGAAACAGGCUCUAAUCUCACAAGAAUCUGAUUCAGAUCAAUCUUCUGCAAGUGAUUUGAAUGAUAUUGAAGAAAGUGAUAUUGACGAAAGUGAUAAUGAAAAUUCAUCAAAGCAAAACAGUUCAAUUUCUUCAAGGGAAAAGCAAAUGUCAGUAGAAUAUUUAGAAAAUGAGGUUGACGUCUUUCCGUGUGUGGAAUAUUUGGAUGUUGUCUACGGUGAAUUUUCUGGAUUUCCUCAUCGUGAAGAAUGGGGUUCACAGGGGUCAUUUGAGACAAUUGAUCCUCCGAAUAAUCCAGAAGAAUGGCUGAGGCUUCUGCAAGAGUCUCUAGAACAAGGACCUACCAUUGUAUAUGUUCCUACAAGAAAGGAAACACUGAGCAUUGCGAAGUAUCUUUGCAAGUGUGGAGUUAAGGCUGCUGCUUACAAUGCAGCGUUGCCAAAAUCACAUUUAAGGCAGGUUCACAAGGAAUUCCAUGAAAACUCCCUAGAGGUUGUUGUUGCCACUAUGGCUUUUGGAAUGGGGAUUGACAAGUUGAAUGUUCGAAGAGUCAUGCAUUAUGGUUGGCCACAGAGUUUGGAAGCAUAUUAUCAAGAAGCUGGUCGAGCAGGAAGGGAUGGAAAAUUAGCAGAUUGCAUUUUAUAUGUAAACUUAUCAAGAGUGCCAACACUUCUACCCAGUAAAAGAAGCAAAGAUCAGACAAAACAGGCGUAUAAAAUGUUAUCUGAUUGCUUCAGAUAUGGAAUGAAUACUUCUUGCUGUCGAGCCAAAACCCUUGUUGAGUAUUUUGGGGAAGAUUUCAGUAAUGAGAAGUGCCUCUUGUGUGAUGUUUGUGUCAAUGGACCUCCUAACAAGCAAGAUUUGAAAGAGGAGGCAAAUAUUUUGAUGCAAAUUAUUGCUGCUCGUUAUGCAGAGAACAGUUUCAUGGACUGUUCUUAUGAUGAUCCUCCAUGUAGUAAUAUUGAACGGCAAAAAUUCUUGGAGAAGCCAAACUUCAGAACUUUUGUCAAUAAAAUAAGGGAGCAGUCUCAAAAAUUCAUAGCUACCGAUCUGCUAUGGUGGAAAGGUCUUGCUCGAAUCAUGGAAGCUAAAGGAUAUAUAAGAGAGGGGGAUGAUAAGAUCCAUGUUCAGAUAAAAUUCCCAGAACCAACAAAGAGGGGACUGGAGUUUCUCCACUAUGAAAGUGCUGAAGCUUUCCAUGUUUACCCGGAGGCAGACAUGCUUCUGUCAAUGAGAAAACCGAGAGUUUAUUCCAGUUUCUCGGACUGGGGAAAGGGCUGGGCUGAUCCCGAAAUUUGCCGUCAGCGCUUAGAGAAAAUCCGGUCAUCAAACAGGAAGCCAGGAAAGCCACGAAAGCCAAGAAUGAGGAAAUGGAGAAAACAUUCCUCAGACUUGAGUACUUCUCGUGGUAGAAUCUCUGCAAAGCUCUCAAAACUGAAGUGCUCCAGGUUAGUUGAUUAGUCACAAAGCUUCUUGACGAUAACUGAAGCUUUCAGACUAGUUCAAUUGGCCGACUUCUAUCUGCCUUUCUGACAACACGAUCUAGUUAAUGUCGGGCAUUUAUAAUUUUAUGUCGGACUUUUAUAAUUUUAAGAAACAAUACCCUAGAAGUUUAUAGCAUUAGCAUGAGAAAGUUUUAGACCAUUUAAUGAAGCAAACCAUGGACGAAGAGUAACACAAAAGCAAACCCCCAAAGAAGAACUUGUUAUUGAAAGCAAGGAAUCUCCAUUUCUCUUAAAAUUGCUUGGCUUUCUCCUCCACCUCCACCCCGCAAUCAACACAAAAUCCCUUUGAUGGAUCACGUUCGUGUAGUUUUUGCCGUGCUCGUCGGCUUCUCUGCUUCCUUCUUCUUGGUACUACCAUGUUUCAAGCGAUGGCAAAGGCGACAGGUUUUGAUAGAGAGGCUAACGAUGAUUAGCCAGGCAUUGGAACAUGCUGAAGAAAGGGCUUUGAGGUUCCAAGAAAGGCAUGAUCGUAUACUUAGCCAGAUAUGUUCUUAUUACAUGGUUAAUCAGGACCUGGAGGAUGCCCUGGCGGCUACUCGAGCUGCCAUGAACGAGGCUUUGGAGUUUGCUGUUGGGUUGAGGAAGAUGCAAAUGCAGGUUUUCAGGUCAUUAACAGAUGAAAGCUGAUGUCUUUGUUUUUUCUCAUGUUGGGAUAGAGAGGCAGGACACAGGAUAUAACUAAUUAAUUAAUUUAGAGACCUCUAAGCAAAUUUUCAUUGUUGUAUUUGUGUUCUAACCAAUUAAAAAUUAGAUGCGAUAUUAAUCUUGAACGAGAAAAAUACUUUUAAAUUAUGGAGAGACAA